GUGGGAAACCAACACCACAGCUGAGCGGACUUGGUGGACACUGAGUACUGAGUACUGAAACUCACCAUGGCAAAGUUGAUUGAAGUCUGCAACGUCGCCUGCAAGAAGGACAAAAAGCAUGUCAUUUUCUCUCAAUUGAACUUCGAUGUCAAUGAGAGAGAUAUCAUCGUUUUACAAGGCAAGAGUGGUGCAGGGAAAACCACACUUUUAAAGUGCAUCGCCCAUUUGAACGUUUAUGACGGGGAGAUCUUAUACAGAGGAGGGACAGCUAAGGCACAUGGUGUGCCUGUGUUUAGAACACGGGUAUUCUACGUGCCCCAGAGACCCGCUUUGCUGCCAGGCACGCCGCGCGAUUUUAUGGCAACGGUCGCAUCCUUCCAGUCCCGUAAAUUGAACUCGGAAUCUGAUCUUGCCAAUGCUAUGGAUAUCUCCAAGGGGUGGGGCGUUGAUCAUGAACUAUGGGACAGGAAUUGGACUAGCUUGAGUGGUGGCGAGGCGCAAAGGAUAGCACUGGCCGCUGCAGUGGGGCUGAACACCGCUGAAGUCCUUCUACUUGACGAACCAACUUCAGCUCUCGAUCAUCACUCGACUAAGCUUGUGGAAGAGUUCAUCCUGAACGCCCUCAGAUCCCCACAAAACGGAUUGAAAGCGAUAGUCUGGAUCACCCAUUCCGAGGAACAAGCAAGAAGAGUAGGAACCAGAUUCCUUCGGAUCUCAACCUCUGGUUGUGAGGAAGAGCCACUUAUGCCUGAACCGUAGAUAUUGUGAUGUUUCAACAGGAACUUGAACUGGAUAUCCGAUGCUUUACAUAAUAACAAACAAUACGCCAUCACUCUU